CUGUCCGCGUCUCCUUCGUGUCGGCGACGAUCAUGGCGGCGUGAGAGCGACGGUUGAUCCAAGUGUUACGUCGACGUGGGCAAUCGUUUCGUUGAAGAGCAAUCGGUACGAAAGCUCGCUCCGAGUCGUGCGAAUCGUUAGUCGAGAUGACGGCGAUACCCGGAACGGUGGCAUUCGACGAGUAUGGCCGGCCCUUCAUCAUCCUGCGCAACCAGGAGAAGCAGCAACGCCUCACCGGUCACGAUGCGAUCAAGUCGCACAUUUUGGCAGCACGUAAUGUGGCCAACAUUCUCAAAACAUCCUUAGGACCUAAGGGACUGGACAAAUUAAUGGUGAGCUCCGAUGGGGACGUCACUGUUACCAACGAUGGUGCCACAAUCCUACAGAACAUGGAUGUGGACCACGAAAUCGCAAAGUUGAUGGUCCAGUUGUCAAAGUCCCAGGACGAUGAGAUUGGCGAUGGCACUACUGGAGUAGUCGUGUUGGCUGGCGCCCUUCUGGAACAGGCAGAACAGCUAUUGGAUAAAGGAAUUCAUCCGAUUAGAAUAGCUGACGGUUUCGAAUUGGCAGCCAAAUGCGCUACUGAGCAUCUGAAGACAAUAACGGAUGACUUCAAAGGACUUCCGGAGAAUUUGGAGCCUUACAUCAACAUUGCCAUGACCUCCCUGGGAUCAAAAAUCAUUAACAAGUACCACAGGCAGAUGGCAGAGAUUGCGGUACAGGCUGUAUUGGCGGUCAUGGACCCAGUCAACCAUGACGUCAACUUCGAAUUAAUCAAGAUAGAGGGGAAAGUCGGCGGCAGAUUGGAAGACACCGUCUUGGUGCGCGGUGUCGUCGUCGACAAGGAUUUCAGUCAUCCUCAAAUGCCAAAGAGGCUAGAGAACGUCAAAUUGGCUAUCCUGACCUGCCCGUUCGAGCCGCCGAAGCCUAAAACGAAGCAUAAGUUGGACGUCACGUCGGUGGACGAUUACAGGGCCCUGCGCGACUACGAGCGCGAGAAGUUCACGGAAAUGGUCAAGCAAGUUAAGGAUGCCGGUACGACUCUGGCCAUCUGUCAGUGGGGUUUCGACGAUGAAGCCAACCACUUGCUGCUGCAGAAUAAUCUGCCCGCGGUUAGGUGGGUCGGCGGCCCGGAGAUCGAAUUAAUCGCCAUUGCGACCGGUGGACGCAUCGUGCCACGCUUCGAGGAGUUGACGCCGGAGAAACUCGGGCACGCUGGUGUAGUCAGGGAGCUGACAUUCGGUACGACGAAGGAUCGAAUGUUGGUCAUCGAGGAAUGCAAGAACUCGCGCGCCGUGACGAUUUUCAUCCGCGGUGGCAACAAAAUGAUCAUCGAAGAGGCGAAACGGUCAAUACACGAUGCUCUGUGUACCGUUCGCAAUGUAGUAAAAGACAACAAGAUCCUGUACGGCGGGGGUGCGGCCGAGAUAUCCUGCGCGCUGGCUUGCGCCGCCCAGGCCGAUAAAAUCAGUACUUUGGAGCAAUACGCCUUCCGUGCCUUUGCCGAAGCUCUGGAGAGCGUUCCCAUGGCGCUCGCGGAAAAUUCCGGCCUUUCGCCGGUGGACACGAUAGCGGAAGUUAAGGCGCGUCAAUUGGCCGAGAAGAAUCCCGCUCUUGGCAUUGACUGCUUGAAUCGUGGCACAACGAACAUGAAGAAACAGAACGUCAUCGAGACUUUGACGAGCAAGACGCAACAGAUCCUGUUGGCCACGCAGUUGGUGAAGAUGAUUCUGAAGAUCGAUGAUGUACGCUCACCUAACGACAACGCAUAACAAGCUACAAAAGUCCGUUUAAUCACUGCUAAUUACGUACAUUUUAUUUAUUUAUACGAGCUACUAGUUCCAGCCUACGUAAUUUGUCGUUCAAGCAUUCGCAUUUUUCUGACAUUCUGAAUUUCACUUGCCUGAAUUGAAUGUUGUUUCUUGAUGAUUCGUUACAUUUUCAUUUCAAUUUUUACGAUUAUUAUUAUACACAUAAUUUACGUGAUGAAUGAAUAUUGUGAUACAAUAUUACCUCCGAUCUUUGUACUAUUGUGGCAAUAUGGAAUAAUACUUAAUUGACAUCUUACUCAC